CGUACAGUACGGUAGAGGAAACCAAGGGCUUUCCGCUGCCACUCCUGUCAUGCCUUCAGCAAACCCUGCUGUAUUUAUCCUUCCGACGGCUGCGAAACCUAGGUUCACUCCGCUUUGCUUGUCCCCAGUGUGCUUCUUUCGCAGACCUGUUUCGCACUGAACUCGGUGUUCCCGAAAGCAGACGACGUCGUAAGGGAGACGCGGAGAUAGCUAAACGACAGUCGCAAACAUCCGCAGAGGUCGAACACCGUUGAAGACGGAGGAAGGAACGUAAAGGCCAUCAUUUGCGUUUCCUCACUGUGAGCAAUCCUGCCAGCCUGGCAACCUAGCUGCACGCCUGUUAUUUAUUCGGCUCUCGCCUUCGCUUACUCUCUGACGCACGCGCUUAACGCAACAGGCUUAAGCGAGGACAAAGCAGCGGGGAAUGCAGUCGAACGCUUUGAGCGUGUCAGAUCCAGUGAAUCCGGAUCCUAGUCGGCGCUGAUUGGUGCACUGCGCUGAGAAGUCUGGUAACGAGAAGUUUCCGCGAAAGAGUGGGGGUACGUGACAGGCCGUAGAUGCGAAACGUCCUAGAGGCUUCCGUAAUGGCUGAUGCAGGAAGCGUCGAAAUGCAAAACGGUGAAGAACGGUGGAGAGGAGCGGCGUCGGAAGGGGAGGGGGUGGAAGCCAAGCAAGGCGAGUUGAGUGGAAGAGAGGGGGAGAAGCGAGAGGAGCAGCAGGAGGGGCGGGAAGCGCGGGGAGGACAACGAAGACGGGGUGAAGGGUGACGAGAUGAAAGGAAGCGAGGUGAACGGCAACGGGGUGAACGGCAACGGGGUGAACGGAGACGGGGUGAACGGCAACGGAGUGAACGGCAACGGGGUGAACGGCAACGGAGUGAGCGGAGACAGGGUGAACGGAGACGGGGUGAGCGGAGACGGGGUGAGCGGAGACGGGGUGAGCGGAGACGGGGUGAGCGGAGACGGGGUGAGCGGAGAUGGGGUGAAAGGUGACGGGGUGGUCGGAGAGGGGGUGGUGGGCAGUGCGGGGUCUCAGAAGCUGAGCAUCGAGGAGGCGACGGAGCGGAUAUGCGCCAUUGCGCGCGGUAUCCUGUUCUCGGAGCGGCGGAGAGCGGGCGAGGUGGUGAAGCGGGGAGAGGAGGCGAGUCAAAAGGAGGAGGAGAAACGAAGAGAGGAGGAGGAGCGAGGUGAGCAGAAGAAACGAGAAGAGGAGAGAUUACAGGAAGCGGGGCGAGACAGGGAGAGGGCCAUAGAGAGGCUCAGGUCGCUGGCAGGCAGGCCGCCUGACAAUUGCUCCGGGGCAGCCGGGGAUCGCUCUGGGGCAGCUGAGGAUCGCUCUGGGGCAGCUGAGGAUCGCUCUGGGGCAGCUGAGGAUCGCUCUGGGGCAGCUGGGGAUCGCCUUGCUGGUGCUCCUCCUGGCGCUGCUGCUGAUGGUGCCAGUGCUGCUGGUGCUGCUGCUGCUGGUGCUGGUGCUGCCGCUGUUGUUGCCAGCAAGAGUGAUGAUCAAUAUGAUGACGAGGACGAUGAUAGUGGCAGUGACGAUGACGAGGACAGUGCUGACGAGGAGAGCAGUCUGUCUGACGUGGACAGGAUCUGCAUGCUCGUGCACAGCGAUGUCUUUGUGCGAAGGCUCUAUCACAUCUGCUACAUGGCGGAAGCUGCCAGGAAGCUGGGCUUUGACAGGUCAGCAGCAGCGUUCGUCCCUCUGUGCCGCGGGCUGGCGAGUGACAGCGAGCCCGAGAUCCGCCAGACGCUCGCCGAGCAGAUCCCGCAGCUCGUGCGCGCGUAUGCCCCGGCGGGCAGCAGGGCGUGCGGUGCGCUGAUGGAGCUGCUGGGCGUGGCGAACCAGCUGCUCAUGGACGAAGCCGAGGAGGUGCAGGUGGCGAUGGAGGGGGGGUAUGUGGCCAUGAUGGCGUACGGGGCGGAGGAGGAUGCAGAUGUGGAGGCACUGGUGCUCGAUGCUCUUCUGCGCUUGGCAUCGCUCCGGCACUCGGAAACCGCACGCCUUUGUGCCGCCACCGCCCUUGUGUCCUUGAGCCGCUGUGCACCUGUGACAAGCCGGUCCCUCUUUGAGCACCGCGUGGUGCCACACCUCCUCGCCCUCGCUGCUGACCCGCACUUCCAAGUCAGAAAGGCAGUGGCACAGGGCCUGCCGCACUGCUGCCGAGCCAUGGGGGGCAAUGCUGCAUGCCUGGACGGCUCCCUGCUCCCCCUCUUCGCCUCGCUCUGUUCAGACACCUCCUGGGCGGUGCGAGUGGCAUGUGCCGAGGGCAUAGUGGCAGUGGCAGAGGCUGUUGCUCAGAUCCCCAAGGGCGCCGCUGUUAGCAGUGAUGGCGGUGGUAGCGGCAGCGGUGGCAGCAGCGUCGCUAGUAGUAACGGCAGCAGUGGCAGCGAGGGAAGCAUGGGCAGCCAGGGAAGCAGCAGUAGUAGCAGCAGUGGUGGCAGCAGCGGCAGCAGCAGGAGCAGUGGGAGCAGUGGCAGCAGUGGGAGUAGGGGGAGCAGUGGGAGUGAGCGUGUGAGCAGCAACGGCGAGGAGGGCUGGAGUCGGGGGAGGAGAGGAACGCCAUUGGAGCAGCAGCUGCUGCUGAAGGAGACACGGCAACAGGAGCUGGAGGAGGUGGGGAGAGAGGUGCUUCUGCAGUUGCUACAGCUGGGGUUGAGACAACAGCAGCAGCAGCAUCAGCAGAUGUUGGUGCUGGAGCAAGGGGGCGAGAGGCCGAGAUCGUACCUCUUGCUGAUGGAAGCGGUUCAGGGAGUGCACGGUUUGAAAGGGACAUUCAGGCACAAGUGAUGCGAGGUGGUGGAAGGAGGGCGGAGCGUGUUGGGGAGAUUGAGGAGCUUGGGGAUGCUAGUGAGGAGGAAGUGACUGGUGUGAGUGAAUCAGGUGUGACUGAGUGUGAUGUGAGUGAGGCGGAAUCACAUGCAGCAGUUGCAGGCUGCAGGGUAGGGGUCACAACAGCAGACGUGGAGGGAAGGGGAAUGGAGGAAGGCCGAGGUGAGG